AUGUCUGAAAAAAUGGAAGAGCAGCAGGCGUCAGCGCCAACCGCUUCAGGAUCAAAAUCGGAAGAGUCGGUGGCACUGCGCAAUUGGCAACUCGCCAACGGUGUCACGGUCAUGGAUUCAGCGUAUGAGUAUGACGAAGUCGAGCAAAACGAGAUGCGUUCAGCCAAACCGUGGCAGAAGGAUCCGCACUACUUCAAAGAGGCACCUGCACCGGCGGAACAUCAAAAAGGUCAAAAAGCAUUCUUCUUUCACUGA